CCUGAGCCCAGUCAUUGUUAUCAAAUAAGCAAACGUCCUUGAUCACAGCACAAGUGUCACUCACAGGUUUGUUUUUUUCAGUCUCGCUCUUGCGCUCUCUCGCUCACACACACACACACACAAAGUAGAGGACCAAUGAGGCGUGAGCAUCAGUGACAUUUAGAGCAUAAAAGCGUGGCAUGCGCAGGACAUGUGGCAGUCAGCAUGCUGAAUCAGUCUCGAGUGGACGUGUUGGUCUUGACGGGUUUUCAGGAGCUGCAUGCGCUCAGGUUCCUCUACGUGUGCGUAACAUGUGCAGCUUACGUGCUGAUCGUGGUGUUCAAUGUGUCGUUGGUGCUGGUGGUCUGCAUGCGCGACGCUCUGCACCAGCCCAUGUACAUCUUCUUAGCCAACCUGAUGUGCAACACUCUGAUCGGCUGCACCGCCUUCUACCCCAAACUGCUGCACGACCUGCUGAGCGACGUGCAGCUCAUCUCGCCCGCAGGCUGCCUGCUACAGGCCUUCUUCGUGCAUGUCUAUGUUUCUGUGGAGUGUAUCAUACUGACCGUCAUGGCGUACGACAGGUACGCCGCCAUUGUGCACCCUCUGAACUAUAAGGACCUCCUUUGUUCCUCUGCUGUGUCCAAACUGCUCGCUGUCUCGUGGACGUUGCCUGUUGUGGGGUACGCCGGCCUGCUGGCCGCCAGCGGUACUCUGCCGCUUUGCGGGUCCCAUGUGGGCCGCAUCUUUUGCGACAACAGGUCCAUUACACACCUAUCCUGUGUGGACAUCUCGCUGAUUAGUCUGUUUGAGCUGCUGAUGGCCGCUUCUGUCGUUUUCCUGCCUCUGGUGUUGAUCUUCUGCUUCUACGUGAGAAUCCUCAUCAUCAGCUUCCAGCUGUCUAAGAGCGGCAGAGCCAACAAAGCCCUGUCCACAUGCAUCCCUCACCUGGUCACCUACGUCAGCUUCGUCGCCAGCAUCGUCUUCGUGGUCGUGCAGCCUGCAUUAACAGCCAAGAACCUGCCUUACGCCUUCACGGUCGUCAUGUCCAUGGAGGGCUUCCUGGUGCCGCCGCUGCUCAACCCGCUCAUCUAUGGCUUCAAAAUGACGCUUAUCCGGCAGCACAUGAGGCAGCUCUUUCACACUCAGCCACUCGUCCAAGCCGCUGACCUCGUCGUUUGAACAGAGCACUUGGCACCUCAUUGAAUCAUCAGACUUGCAUUGACCGGGUUUACCCAAUCUGUCUGUUUACGCUGCAGGUGCCUUGGCAGACAUCCGAUACAGAUCAGCUUUUUUUAAUCCACAUUUAGAACGGGCCAGAUGCCGAUGUGACGAUAUCCCUUUUCAUGUGUUUUUUUUCCCUCUGUACACGGCUACAAAGCUUACACAAACAGUACAUGGAAGCAAGAAGAUCUGAAUUGUGUCGUUUGAGGCUUGUGGUGCAAGUCUGGCCUUUUGGGUUACGUGAUGUGUUCUUCAAGUACUUGUGUGACUGACAUUUUCUCUAAACCUCCAAAAUAAAAGUCUUGAUUUUCAGCAUCACAUGGCGCAAAUGUCAGCUGAUGUUGAAAAUCACUGCGUUACUGUAUAUGGACUUAAAGGUAACUAUGGGGUUGUUAUGUCAUGUCUAGGUUUUCCUAUGAUAGAACCACAAAAAUAUUCAAUUUAUUGAAUAGGGUAAGGAACCAAUUAACUGCAAUACACAAAGGAAAACGUCUAAAUACAAGAAAUACUCCUUUUUUUGGAAAACAAACCAAUCAUUGUAAGCAUUUGGCUGCCUAUUUUUAGCUUUAUUUCCCUGUCUCGUCUCUCCUUUCUCUUCUGGCAGCCUGAUUUUGCGGGGGACAAGAUGCUGCGUCGCUUUAAGCAGCAUGUAUGAAUGAGUCGUUCAGCAUUUGGCUGCAAUAGCAGGUGGGUGUAGGUAGCUCAGACAGUCCAAAAAGCAAAGCAGUCCAAGUUUAUUGACGUUGAUUUAUGUAACUGACAAAUAAUUGCCGCCUCUGACUGAAACAAUAAGCUAAGCUCAUUCAUAGUUGAUGAUGAAACAGUGUUGACCUAUAAACUCAGUUGGGGAGGGGUUUUUUUUCACUCCAAAGCAAGUCUCUGUAGAGUAGAGGACCAAUGAGGGGUGAGCAUCAGGGACAUCUAGAGCAGGGGUGCUCAUUAAGUCGAUCGCGAUCUACCGGUCGAUCGCGGAGGUGGUACUGGUCGAUCGCUGGUCGAUCGCGGCGUGACAUUAAAAAAAUAUCAUCCCAGCA